AUGUCAGGCACAUCAAUCGACUAUUCAAAUAAAGUGAUCUUGGCACCAAUGGUCAGAGUUGGAACUUUGCCAUUCCGGUUAACUACAUUAGCUUAUGGCGCAGACCUUGUUUGGUCUGAAGAAUUAGUGGAUAAACGAGUAAUUGGAUCUGUUCGCAGAGUGAAUCCUGCAACAAACACAAUCGACUAUUACAAAGGAACUUCUUUGACAUUUAGUACCCACGCAGAUGAAGCUGGAAAAAUUAUCCUUCAAUUGGGUACAGCAGAUCCUGAUCUGGCCUUGGAAGCUGCUCUGACAGUCAAACAGGAUGUGGUUGGUAUUGAUGUAAACUGCGGUUGCCCAAAGAAAUUCUCGAUUCAAGGCGGUAUGGGAGCUGCCUUGCUCACAAAUCCUGAAAAGUUAAAAAAGAUCUUGGUCAAUUUGGUCAACAAUCUGGACAUACCAGUAACAUGCAAAAUCAGAACAAGAGAUCAGCGAUCUACAGAAAAAGCCAAUUGGGAAGCAAUAAAGGAUGUAGUGAAUACUGUAAAGAGCAUUCCUGUGAUCCUGAACGGUGAUAUUCUCACACAAGAGGAUAUUCCUAGAGCCAGAGAGUUGACAAAUGUCAGUUCUUUUAUGAUUGCAAGAGGUGCCCAAUACAACCCGUCUGCCUUUAGAAAAGAGGGUUUGGUAUCAUAUGAAGAAGCAGUCGAGGCUUACCUGAAAAAGGCAAGUUGA